UGUUGAGCUCCGCAUAACUACCAAAUUGUCUUCCAGUACUUGAAUGUGUUAGCGGCACAUCUGAAGUUUGAAUAGCGGUGCCGCGGUAUUGUAACAAUGAUGGAGAAAGGACAAGUUGUUUCCAUGCGGCUCUUCGCGAAUUGGGAAAUGGAUCGAGCCAGUUCUAGCGUUGUGCAGAGGGUUUGCACCUUGAGCCUGAAUCGCAUCGUGAUACACUCUUUGUCCAGUCAGAUUCAGUCCAUUGUUAUAACUGCAAAACUGGAGGGGAAUAAGAGAAGUUUGCGAAGCAACGAAAUCCGUGUGGCACCGGUUCAUGGACGUGUAGAUUUGGACCUUGACAUCUCUUUUACCAUCCAGUAUCCCCAUUUCAUCAAAAGGAAAGGAAAUACUUUGCAAAUUCUUAUACAGAGGCGACGUAAAUACAAGAACCGACCAUUCCCUUCAUCGUUCAAGACAAUAGCAGUAGGAAUGGUCAAUCUGACUCAGCUUCUUCAACACGGAGGCUUGCGAGAGAUAUCGCUGUGGUCGUCAGAUUCGAAUGAUAAGCAAACUUGUGGAGUACAAAGCAUUGGGCGACUGCAUUUGGGUACUUGUCAGUCUCAACCACUCGAAAUAGAUGUUGAACGGGAUAGGAGUGGUAAAAAGCAAGCAAGUAUCGAAGGUGAACUGAGUGAGGAUGAUUCCGACAGUGAUUAUGAAGAUAUCCCCGUAGACAGUGAUUUGAACGAACCCGGCAGCGGCAGAAGCGUCGUAAGGCGUGCAGAUCAGCUCGGUCAUAAAGCUAGUUCCACUCGAAAGAAUAACAUAAGGCAGAGAUUCGUUACACUGCUGAAAAAAUUCAAGAUUCCUGAAGAAGAGGGAAUCCCUUCAAGAUCUGCUUCUGCUGCUAUGGUCCCCACCGACAAAGAGUUGCAAGAUCUCUUCGAAGAAUUGGAAAAUAUGAGUGACUCUGGACCUGAAAUGGCAGCAGACGACAUCUCUAUAGGAAGUAAUCCCAGGCCUGGUCUUCGACCGUUCUUCACUAGAUCUAAAGAGAUUCUUCCUGCAAUCUACGACAGGGGCGGCGACAAUGGAUCUGACAGCGAAGGUGAAGCCGAGGAUAUUGACUGGUCAUCGGAAACAGAAAAAGAGCGGGAGAAGGAAGAGAGGAAAACGUCACAGACUCAUGAUAUGUUGAAGGGAACGUUGGCCGCAUCAGGAGAUCAACUAUCCUCAACAGUCACGCCAACGAGCGGUACAAAACAGUCGCGAAUCGGCUCAACAAGUAGUGCUCCGCUUGUGCAAAGCACAUCUCUCGGUGGAAUCUCACAUUCUCUUACCACUGGAUCAAUUGCCAAGAAAGCAGAUAAAGAUCGGCUAGUGGCAACGGCAGAGAAACACGUUGGCGAGCUGACGACGCUGCUUUCUACUUAUCCUGCUGCGAAAUCUGGAUGUUGGUUAUGCUCCUACUCAGAUCUACCUCAUCUCGCUAAUAUAUCUGUUGCCACCGUAAACUGUCCAUCUGCAAACGCAGUCAAACAAGCUAUCGGUCAAAUCGUGAAUAAAAUUCUGAGCUUUUGUAACUCUAACUCGUCUAAUCCUCCCAUAACUUGGGUUGGAGUCAUAGGAGGCGACAGAUUUAUGGGGCAGAUCCUACGAGCAUAUGUUGAAUGUCUACAUCACAAGUCUUCAAGUAAUUGGUUGCAUUAUCUUCGAUUUGCUGUGAUCCCCGCACCUCAUUCUCUCAUCGCGAAACUCAUCGAAGGACUGGACGUAACACUUGACCAACUAUGUCGAGACAUAUGGGAGAGGUGGCCGGAGAUCAGUUAUGCGGAGAAGCAGUCUAUCAUUGACAAAAUGAAUGCGUGGCUGAAAAGCGGAGGCACUUGCUUGAAUCUGCCCAUUGGUGAAGCAUUGCUGCAAAUGACCGAGAGGGGUCAAGAGGCUGAUGCAGGCCGCGUUUUUGUACCGUUUCUCACCGAAGUGCGAGUCGGUCACAGUAGCGAGGAUGAAGAUACAGCGUCUGCUUAUUCAUCUCCACGCGCUUUGGAUUACGAAAAAGAUGUUGCUCUCUCCCGAGAACGCGAGCGUGAAUGCUCUGCAGGCCUAAGCAGCUCACCACCAAACAGCCCGCAUAUCCGUACUGAUGCGCAUGAGAUGCAUGUAGAGUACUGGCUUGGCCGUGAUCAGUCAAAUGAGAACUUCAACGCAGCGAAUGCGACCUCUACGCCAAACUCCAAAAAAGAUGGUAAGGGAUCUAUGAAAGCAACAUUCCGCACACUUGUCAUCACACGGGCUUGCAAUCAGCCUCUGUUGUCGCUGUCUUUUGUGAAGGAAAAGAGGAAAGAAAAAAUGCUUCAAAAGCUAGGCAUGAAGAAAGGACAGAAAUCUGAGGCAGACAAUCCGCCAGUCCAAGUGGCAGCAGUAUCACGUUUACUCUGCAGUGGUGCGAGUAAGCACAACGAUUUGACAGUCAGCGUUGACGGUUUCACAUACGAUCGUGUUCGGUAUUUCCAGUGUAGUUCGCAGUGGCAAACACACAUCAAGUCUUUUCCUCUUUCACUUAUCACCCACAAUGCAUCGCCUACCGCGCUUUAAUUUGCAGGACCAAAAAUGUGUAUCUAGUUCUUUCUUUCCUUUAUUUAUACUCUCUGUUUGCUUGCCUUGCUCUUUUUGUUCUUAUCAAUCUAUCAUUCGUUUACAAGACUGAAUCGAGAUGUUGCAUCCCUUAUCGCAAAAGUUUAUGCUGGGAGAUUUUUUCAACUCUUUUCACCCGUUUACCAUUAGUCCGCCGGAAAGCUUUUGGAUUAUUUGAUUUUGAUUUCACCAUCUGUGCCAAGUCAAUAAAUUAGCAGUCUGUGAAGCACUUUUCUAUGCAUUCGACUCUUAGUGCUACAGCUGGGCAUUGAUGUGUAUGAAUCGUGCCAGGUGAUGACUUCAACAUCCAGUUCGAAAAUGCGUUCAUCUGUCCUCGGUUUGCUGCAAUGCUGCCCACUUUAUUCCUUGUUUUUUGUAACCUGCUUUCCUCAAUUCUUCCCUCAAUUUUCUUCAGUUUGCCUUUCAACAGUUUUGAUAUACCUUUCCGUUCGGAACACAAUCCAUUCGCUUUGGUCUUCAAACGUGUAGAUAUGUAUGGGGUGCAUAAUCUGUGUUUGUAAAUCCUAUGCUCGCUUCUAACUCGUCAGUUAGAAACUGACCCAAAUCUGGUGCUUUGCAAUGUCACACUACUUACUGGUUAGUCUCCGUCCAUAAACAGAGUGUAAACUAUCUACUUCUGGUCCUCAUUUUUCACGUAUCAUUCCUCAUUGCUUUGUGAUUGACGCUUUUUCCAUAAACGAUUCCUUUGUCAACUUCUGCGCCGCUCAGAAAAGAAUUUAUUAAAUAGAUUUUGAUGUUACAAACAAUAAGAACAAG